GUGCCGUUCUCGUUUUGGAAUCUCAACCCUUUGUGCCAGAGAAUGUUGACACCCUACCUGUCAACAUCUUGGAGCUCCCCUUCCCUCCACCGUCGAGAUCACCAACAUCCCCUUCCCCGUCCUUGACCAGCGAGCAGCGACGGGCUGCAUACCAGGGACCGGGAAAGUUGCCUCCCACAGUGACGCUUUCGGAAGGGGGUAAGAGUGAACCUGAUGAUGAAGAAGCCACCCCAAGUGAGGUCUUUCCGGAUGGUGUGGCUCCCAUUGAAAAGCAAGAUCAGCUCAAUCUUGGUGGCGACACCACAGGCCGCGGCAGAGGUCGCGGACGGGGAAGAGGACGUGGGAAAGGACGUGGGAAAGGGAAAGGAUCAAAAGGUGGGAACAAGAAAGAACAAAAGGCAGACAAUGAAAAGGAACCAAGGAAGGUUCGUAACAGUAGAAAGCCAAAGGAUGGACAGGUUAAGCCAGACAAGCCCAAGGGCAAAAGCAAAGGUAGAAAGAAGGAGAUGAGAUCCGAUGAUCAUGAAGACAAAGAGGAAGACCAAGGUGACCAAAGAGAUGUCGAAAUGAAGGAAAAUGAGCCCGUAGCUGCCCCUGAAAAUGCAGAGGAAGGAAUCAAUGAAACACCACCAAAACCGAAGGCAAUUGUGAGGGCAAAGUCCACGGCAAUGCUGACGGCUGCAAAGUCAAAGGCUUCAAAGAAAAGAGCAGAGUCAAGUUGUUGGCAAUGGCAACCGGAGGACAGCGACAGCAAUGCCCCACCUCAGCCGGCCCCAAAGAGAAGAGCAAAGAAGGUACGCAAGAUCAGGGAACAGGAACCGGAGGCUAGGGAGCCCACAGUUGAGCCAGCCCCCAAGAGAGAAGCAACAGCAAAAGCGAAGGCAGCAGCAGCAGCACCGCAGGCAAGCAUUCCUCAAGGCUUCGAAGCUCCAAGCUUUGAUCACCAGGUCCAAGUCAAGGAGAUUAUGGAGUUUGCCAAAAAACUUGAAGAGUUAGACCCUGCGGAUAGUAAAACCAGAGAAACGAUCAGGGGAGAGUUGAUGAAGUUUCCAAACUGCAAGUUGAAUAUCUACUGGACACGUCCUGCUUGUGGUCUUGGGUUGAAGAAGGGUCAAGACUUUGGAUACUACGGCUUCGUGUCCGACACAUGUUGGGCGCAGCGUAUCGCAGUAUGUUGCAAAGCUUGCGAGAUUCUCGCAACUUGA